CCUGUCCGGCUGUUUCACACACACACACACACACACACGCUCACGAGCAGGAAAACAAAGAGCCGGAGAUGCGCGUGGAUUUACCGAAGAGCACAACAAAAGAGGAAAGACCGAUGAAACGUCUUCUCAAACCCGUACAGAUAUGAAGUUCGCUCCGGAAUAUGUCGAUCUGUUGCUGUCAUUUUAAAGAUAUGUAUGAACGUGGUUGUCUAUGAAACUGUGCACCGUGAGAGUUGCGGAUAUGCUUUGAUUUUUUAAAUGAGGAAGUUUGGACACGUUUCAGGAAUUAGCUUUUCUUUAUGGAUUAUUCAGGAGAGUGAGACACAUUUGGUUGAAGAUUGAAGUGUGACUCUGCUGCCUGGCCUAAUAUUGGCCAGGUUGCUUUGGUCAAAACACCAUAACCAGUUAAGAUGUCUUCUCAAGAGUCUCCAGAUCUUCCUCCGAAGCCUGAGGUUAAACAAAAACCUCCAGUUCCCUCCAAACCUUCCAUUAAUACCCCAGACUCCUCAUCUGCUGAUACUGCGGCCUCACAGAGUUCUGGCAAUGUCAAAAACAUAGUCAACAAAUUCAGCCAGCCUGAGGCUAAGCCUCCACUUGGAGAGAGAGUAAAGAGCGUCAACACAGAGUGGAGAACACAGAGACCUCCAGCAGUAAAGCCCAAACGCAGGUCCAAAUCAUCUUCACUCAGCAGUGCUGGAAAGGCUCCUCCGCUGCCCCCCAAAACUAGGCAGAACUCAAUUAACAGCGGGCAAAAAGACGAGCUAGAUGGCCAAGAGAAACAUGAAGGAAGCUUGAGUGCUGCUGAUGGAGGCCGAUCAGCUCCAGAUGGAAAAGAGGGCAGCAAACGGCGAUCGGAGCGUGAUUCCAGCCCUGUUCCUGAGCCUCAGUGUGAGAAAAACUGCGGCUGUAUGUGCCACCACCAAAGGCCUGGCAUGAAGCUCAUAUGGGUGCCAAUAAGCGAGCAGAGCGACGAGGAAGAGGAGGUCCUGUCCAGCAGCACGGAGGAUCAAAACACAAGUCUAGCAGAAGCAGAAAGCGAAGAGACGUCCAAAGAGGAACCGGUGUCUUUCAGUCAACCAUUAGACGUAGUGGAGACCAAGCAGGAGGAACCUCAAAUGAAGAAUUUUCUGGUGGCUCGUAACCUCAUAGAACAGCAGCUGAGGAGGAAAUCAGACCCGGGACCUCCAGCACUGAUCACCUCUGUUAUCCCGUUUCCUCAGACUCCUAUAAACGUUUCAAAUGCCCAGACGCUAGAGGUUCCAGAGGAAUCAAUCUAUGAUAUUAGCCUGGAGGUGGUCACUCCACCCAGACCUCAAAAACAUGCAGACACAGGGACUGGCAAGGACAGCCCUCCAGCUAUUCCUCCCAGAAUGCCUUUGGAUAACAGGUGUCCUCAAAUUAUUCUGCCUCCCUCUUUAGCACGUCCUGCUUCGCCUCUGAUGCCCCCCAAAAAGCGCAGCCCACCUGCCAGUCCUCGACUGCAGAGAACGCCACCGCCUCCCCCUCCAGCCAAAACCUAUGAGAACGGCAGACGCUUCAGCAACUACUCACUCAAGUCUAUAGAUGAGAACGACAGCACAGAUGGGGAAAAGAGUGGAUCCAGUGAGAACAUCAGACCUCCACGAAUCGCUACACGUCGGCAAAAGUCUGUUGAUCUGGAAGCUGAAAUGUCUGAUGAGCUGUAUCAGUUUUACACAGAAACAUAUGUACACAAGGAGAUCAGGAGGACGGUGUGUCGCAACAUCAGUAAGACCAGCGCAGACUUCCAAAUGAGCUCACAAAUCACCAUCAGCCCAGAGAAAGGAGAAAAGGGUCCCAAAUCCAGUGAAUCCCAAAGUCUUAAGCAGAACAAUUUAUGGCGUGAACAGUCAGUAGUCCGAGAUAGCGGCGUCCUGGAAAAAUUGAGCCCAGAAGAGUGCAAGUAUCAGGAGAGCAUGUUUGAGGUGAUUACAUCAGAGAUGUCAUAUUUGCGAUCUCUGCGUGUGCUAACAGAGCAUUUUGUGGAGUCAAGUGAACUGAACGAGACGCUCAUUAUCAUGGACAAAAAAACCCUCUUCUCAAACAUUAUUCGCAUCCAAGAAGUCAGCGAAAGGUUUCUGAAGGACCUGGAGGAGCGUCUAGAUGAGAAUAUAAUCAUUUCUGACAUCUGUGACAUCAUCCAUUAUCACGCUCAACAUCAUUUCCCGGCGUACAUCGACUACGUUCGCAAUCAGAUUUAUCAGGAAAAGACCUACAGUAAUCUAAUGCAAACAAACACUCAGUUUGCAACAGUGAUCACCCGACUGCAGGAGUCCCCCAAGUGUCAACGACUGCCCUUCAUGUCCUUUCUGCUGCUUCCCUUCCAGAGAAUCACGCGCAUUAAAAUGCUCAUCGAGAACAUCCUGAAGAGAACGGCUGUCGGGGCGGAUAAGGAACAAACCGCGUCUAAAGCUCUGGACUCUGUGUCCAAGAUUAUUGAAGAAUGUAAUACUCAGGUUGGAAAAAUGAAGCAGAUGGAGGAACUGAUUCAGAUUAAUGGUAUGCUGGAAUUCGACAAACUAAAGGCAGUGCCAAUUAUAUCUCAAACACGUUAUUUGGAGAAACAAGGAGAGGUGAUGGAAGUAAAUAAAGGAGGAACGUUCCUGGGCAACCUGCGCCCCAAAUUCAGCCCCGUCUACCUCUUCCUUUUCAAUGACCUUCUUGUCAUUGCCACCAAGAAAAGUGCUGAGCGGUAUGUGGUGCUGGAUCAUGCCCAUCGUUCACUGGUCCAGGUGCAGUCGUAUGAGAACUCAGCUGUGCCCAACAUGGAGCACUGCUUCUGUCUGACGCUGCUGGAGAACCACCAGGGACGACAGAUGGAGAGAAUCAUGAAGGCUCCCUCACAAUCUGACUCACAAAGAUGGUUGGCAGUGUUUCCAAAUCCUGACGACCCCAACAAUGAUCAAGAAGAAGUCAUUUAUGAAGACUGGGAUUGCCCUCAGGUGCAGUGUGUGGAGCAGUAUGUGGCAAAACAAUCGGAUGAAUUAAAUCUGGAGCGCACAGAGAUCAUCAACGUUAUACGCAAAACCAAUGAAGGAUGGUAUGAGGGGAUGCGUUUAUCUGAUGGACAGAAAGGCUGGUUUCCUGAAGCAAACGUUCUGGAAAUCACCAAUGAACACGUGCGACGGCGCAACCUCAGAGAGCGAUACCGCGUUAUUCAAGCUGCUGCAGUCGUCGCCAAGACCCGGAGUAUGACGUAGACCAAAUUACUUCUGAAUAGUUUUUUUUAAAUCUAGGCUUUUGACUCUUUAAUCAAUUGAUUUGAUGCUUUUCAAACAUCCUACCAAGGAUGAGAAAUAUAAUUCUAUAUCUAUAUUUUAAUGAAAGAACAUUGGAGAGACAGUGUUAAAUGUCAACUCUCAUUUGCUGACACUUUGUUCAAAUGUUCAGUUUUUUUCAGACUUGCUAUGGAAUGUACAGUAUGUGCAUUCUGAAAUGUGUGUGUGUGUGAGCGUGUGAGUGAGUGCGUGCUUGCAAUAUUUAGCACUUCAUUCAAGAAUGUUGAACUACUGAAAAUCCAGUUAAACAAUGCAAGUAGGUUAAAAAAGGCACAGGUCGGAGUCACAUGCUAAAGAAAAUCACAUUCUUAUUGGUUGGUUUUGUCCAAAACAUCACAUGCUGUCGUCUAAAUCAGUGACGCAACCUGCAUGACUAGUCUAUAGUUUUUUUUUUUUAAAUGGAAAUACUGAAUGUACAUAAUUCAGCUGUGUUUUAUACUUUUAACAAAAAGAAAUGCUGUUGGUACAUUAAAGUUUACCUAGGUUUUAUUAAUUGUUCUAUAUGGUUGAAUUUGUAGAAAAAAAUAUCGAGAAAUGCCAAACCCACCCAGAAAUAAAUAAAAGUGUGUACAUAUCA